AUGAGGAGAGAUCGUAAUCAUGGCUGGCUAGAGAGAGUGGGGAGGAAUGGAUUGGACAGGGGGCUGGGUAACAGUACAGAGGUGGGUGCUUGGGGAAGUGGGGGAGAUGGCUGCCGUAAAGGAAGAGGGAGGAGAGGGGGCAGCCCCUCCCAAUUCGAGAACAACAGCCCCUCCCCUUUGUUACUGUUCAUCCGAACAGUUUUUGGGCCACCAUCUCCUCCUUCGGCCACCCCAAGCGACAGCAUGGGUAUCAAAAGAACCAGCACAUUGUCCUCUACUAGCCUCACAUCUCAGCCGCUGCCAACUGCCGUCUGGAUCGCUGGAACAAGCAAGAAAUUGGCCGGUUUUUACCCAAAAUCUUCAUCGCUCGUUCGGGUGAUUCCGAGCACCAUUUGCUUCGAUCCAGCUCACCACAUGAUGCGAUUACCACCUGUGGUGGAAAACGUCUCAAAGUACCCCCCAAUGUGCAAAAAACUGUCUCACGUUACCCUUUCCGUCAGUUUUUUUGAAGUUCCGUUAUUAACGUUACUGUUCAUCUCCCCCAAAAUUCCAGAACAGCAGCUCCUCCCAUUUGUUACUGUUCAUCGCACCAGUUUUUGGGCUGCCAUCGCCUCCUCCGGCCACCCCAAGCGACGACAUGGAUAUCAAAAGAACCAGCACGUUGUCCUCUACCACCCUCACAUCUCAGCCGCUGCCAACCGUCGUCUGGAUCACCGAAAAAAGCAAGAAAUUGGCCGGUUUUUACCCAAAAUCUCCAUUGCUCGUUCGGGCGAUUCCGAGCACCAUUUUCUUCGAUCCAGGUAUGAUUUUUCAACCUCUCGAGUUGUUCUUGCUGCUAGUUGUGUUGGUUAG